AUGAGCCUAUCUACUCGAGACGAGCCGAGCCUUGGGGACCUUAACAUCAAGACGGCCCAUUAUGGUGAUCACCAUCAGUAUGCAGUAAAGGCCAUCGAGAUUCCUAUUCGGCACGGAAGAAAUCCCAGACAAGUUAAACACUUCCUCGACGUUAUAGACAAUAACAACCUUAUCCCGUGCUACUUCAAUACACAGAAAUCCUCAGGGGUAGUUGGCUGUAAAGAUUUCAUGUCGCAGUAUAUAUACCGACUCAAUAAAGCUAGGAUUUUGACAAACGAUCCAGCGAUCUAUGCCAGGUUUAACGAUGAUUAUGGCCCUGGAAUAAAUCAACAACGUAACGGCACUGUUGGCUACGCGGCUUUUAACAAGAUAUAUCACGGUGUGCACAGAUCCAUAGCCGGGAUUCAAUAUGCGGGUAAUCGUGAGCUCUCCUAA